AUGCACAGUUCUCAAGGAGGUGAGGAGUAUUCUGAAUAUCCUUCGCGUGCCUGUAUUCUCAGGGGAGAUUCUCUGAAGCGCCACGCCUUGAACCAUUCUGAUGCUUCCACAAGCUCAGAAGCGCCGGCUGACCCUCCUCCCCGUCGGGGGCGAUAUGCCGCUCGGGCUUGCAGUUCUUGCCGUCAUUCCAAGCAGAAGUGCGAUGGAAAGUUCCCGUGCCGCCGGUGCACAGCUAAGAAACAAGCAUGUGUUUAUCUACCCAACGAGAGGCAUCAGAACACUCUCAUUGGUGACACCUCCCCGCACACUGUUUCAGGCUCGGAGUCUGUAAACCAAGAGCAUCCAGUGGUGAAUGCCGAUGUGGAGCUCCUUUCAAGCAAUCAACAAAGUAUAGAGGCAAUUGAGUCGAGUUUUGAACCGACCCCCCCGCUACCUGAAUGGAACCCAGAGGCAUGGCUUACAAGCGACUCCGUAUUCCAGGACAUAUUGCAAGACAUCUCGUUCGUAAACGUGCCAUGGCCAUUUAAUAUCAGAGUCGGGGAAGUCGGAGCAUCCGAACGUUCUGAUAAGAAUGAUGCCUCUUGGGAUCACCUUCUCAUCCCGAACCUUUGUCCGACGGAUCCUAUUCCUCGAAUCGACUUGCCCCAGUUUCUUGAAAAUGCAGAGAGUGGUUUGCAUGAAGGAGUUUCGACAUCUUGCGGACCAGGUGCUUCUGACAAGCCUUCCAUUAACUGCCCAUCUACUCUUGAGCCUCAUUUGGCAUGGACAGCAGAGAACGACAUUUGCGACGCUGAGGACUUUGGGCAUGUGCCUCGUAUCUCGAUGGAUGUUUACAAAAUCAUCCGCACCAAAUUUGAGGAACUAAAUGGCGACAGUAGUACAAGCCAGCCAUUUACACAAACCGAGUUCCCAUCGUCAACUGCGUUGAACGCUUUUGUCCAGUCCUAUUUCGAAUAUUUUCAUCCUGGCUUCCCGAUGCUGCAUAAGCCCUCAUUCGAUCCAGGCUCCAACGAGUCAAGUUGGCUCCUAGUUCUCGCUGUUGCAACCACCGGCUGUCGGUUUUCUCUUGCUUCGUCGCCGCAAAUUCUAUUCUUACUACAAGAAUCACUUCGAAGGUCAAUUAUUCGAAUUCUUUAUGUGGAUUAUGAUGAAUGUGUGAUUCAUAACUUGCCCUUAGCUCAAGCUGCAAUCCUGAGCCAGGUAGGGAUGAUGUUUUCAAAACAUCAAAAGUUUUCCGAUUAUGCGGAGAGUACUGCAUGUCUUAUCGCCACCAUGUGUAGAAAGGCAAAUUCCCACUCAGACUUUGAGCCUCGCCACGGCGGUGACACGAGUUCAUCAGAGAAAGAAGCGACCGGGAAUAGCAGCCUCAACAAGAGCUGGAAAGCUUGGGUCGCGGAGGAAAGCACCAGCAGGAUGGUGUACUGUUGCCUCCUUCUGGACUUCCAAUUUAGCGCCCUUUUCGAUUUGCCCGCUCUCAUUGACAUUGAUUCUAUCCACUUACCAAUGCCAUGCUCCGAGAAUCUGUGGAAUGCCGACACCGAAGAGUUGUGGCAUAGUAAUAUGGCGCAAGAACCGAGAGAGAGUCUUAUGACAACUAUCCGACAAAGCCUGCAGUAUCUAUAUGACAAUAAGACAACCUCCCCUGGAUUAGGUCGAUUCGGUGCCCUGAUACUAACAUUUGCAAUCUAUCGCGACGAAAUAGAUUCAGAGGCAAAGUACAAUUAUCUAAGUAUGGUACGGCCUGAUGAGGCUCACCUGCAGUCCAACGGACCCCUUGACCAGCUGAUAUUCCAGCAUAACCAUACACUGAGCCUUUUUACAAAAUUACCCCCAAGGCAACUCUUUGCCUUCUCCGGUUGGCGUACGACAGUUGCCCAACAGAAGAAGGCCGAGAAACACAUUCGUGACUGGCUCUCCGAAGAUAUGGCAGGCAGUAGGCUCUGUCUUGUUCACGCUGCAAAGGUGUAUAGUUCCGUCCGCAGCACUCGGACGUAUGGACAUCACGAAGUCAUGGCCAUUCUGCUGUCAACAUUAGCCAUCUGGAGCAUAUCAUCAAUCCAUAGGGUAGUGAGCUCUUCCAGUUCCGACGAAUCUCUUCCUACUUACCACGCGGCCUGCGCUCAGGAUUCAUCAGAAGCACUGGCCAAAAAGAGGACGAUCCGACUUGACAAGACCCUCGACGGAUCACUUCUUGCAGCAUGGAUCUCUGGUCAGGUUGAUUUCAGGCCAUAUCUCGCAGGCAUUGGGACACUCGACGAUCAGGGGACAGUGAGAAGGCUCAUUCGUGACAGCCUUCGGCAAUUGAUGUAUUCGGUGACCUGGUGUCUCGGGCAGGCUGUCGCAGAGGUUCUGAAGACUCAUUAUCGAACCAAGACGGGUGAUCUAGGUAUCUCGCAGCUGUGA